AAAUAUUUUUACUAUUAUUAUUAUUUUUUUGAACUUUGGACUAUGUUGAUACGAAAUGGUUUCAUUUCCCUAAGUUAACAAGACAAAACGAAUUAUUUAAAAAUUAUAUUUGUAAAAAGAUGUUCGCCAAUUGUCUUAAAACAUUUCGAAUUAGAAAUGCAAAUAAAUAUGGGUUAUUGGCACGUUAUGAAUCUACGUUAGUCAUUGCAGAACAUAAUAAUGAAUCAUUAUCACCUAUCACUUGUAAUACAUUAAGUGCAGCAAAAAAAAUUGGUGGUGAUAUAACAGUCUUAGUUGCUGGUACCAAUUGUAAUGCAGUUGCAGAAAGUGCUAGUAAAGCUAACGGUGUAUCCAAAGUUUUAGUGGCAGACAGUGAUGCUUUUAAAGGAUUUCUUCCAGAAGCAUUAACACCUCUUAUUCUUGCUCUUCAAAAUGAGCAUAAAUUUAGUCAUAUUUUAACAGGUGCCACUGCUUUUGGUAAAGCACUACUGCCAAGAGUUGCAGCUAAAUUAGAUGUAUCUCCAGUAAGUGACAUUAUUGGUAUUAAAACAGCAGAUACAUUCAUCCGCACAAUUUAUGCAGGAAAUGCAAUUCAAACAUUAAAGUGCAAAGAUAAUAUAAAAGUAGUUUCAGUGAGAGGCACUGCAUUUGAAGCAGCAUCUUUGGAAGGGGAAACUGCCAAAUGUGAAUCUGCACCAGCUGGAGAUUACAAGUCUCAAUUAAUAGAAUUCAUUAAGCAAGAGUUAACUAAAUCAGACAGACCAGAAUUAACAUCUGCAAAGGUUGUUGUAUCUGGAGGAAGAGGAAUGAAAUCUGGUGAAAAUUUCAAAUUAUUAUAUAGUUUAGCGGAUAAACUUAAUGCUGCAGUUGGUGCAUCUCGUGCGGCUGUUGAUGCUGGCUUUGUGCCUAAUGAUUUACAAGUGGGACAGACAGGAAAAAUUGUUGCUCCAGAUUUGUAUAUUGCUGUUGGUAUCUCUGGAGCAAUUCAACACCUUGCUGGUAUGAAAGAUUCAAAGACUAUUGUUGCAAUUAACAAAGAUCCAGAAGCACCAAUCUUCCAAGUAGCUGAUUAUGGCUUAGUUGCUGAUUUAUUUAAUGCUGUCCCUGAACUUACAGAAAAAUUGUAAAUUUUAAUAAUAUUUUAUAUAAAUAUUUUUAAAACAAAAAUUUAUAUACAGUUUCACAUUUCCACUACUGUAAAUGGAGUAACAUGUUAAUAAAAAUAUCAUGUAAAAUG